AUGGCAUCUUUCCUCAUCAAAGAUGUGCGGAUCUUCGACGGCGAGACCACGAUCGAGAGCGGCUCCGUGGUGGUGGAGAACGGCAAGAUCUCGAAAGUCUCCAAGGAACCAAUAGAGUAUGACGGCAAGAUCAUCUCGAAGUCCGGUCAUACACUUCUCCCUGGACUUAUCGAUGUUCAUGUGCAUUGCGAUAAUGCCAAUCCCAUAGCUCCACCGCAAGCACUUAGAUUUGGAUGUACUACGGUUUGUGACAUGCACAAUGGGUUCCCAAAUAUCCAAAAGCUCCGCGAACAAAUCAAAGGCGGUGACUGUGCAGAUAUCAAAAGCACAAGCUUCGCUGCCACGAUUAAAGGUGGCUGGCCCGAGGCCAUCGUUUUGAUGCUCAACGACAAUCCAGAAACUCGCGCCGAGAUCGCCACCUGGCCGAAGCUCCAAACUCCAGAAGACGGCCAACAAUACGUCCUUGACCGCAUCAGCGAGGACGUAGACUACAUCAAACUCAUGCACGAAUCCGGCCUCGUGAUGGGCGCAAACUUCCCCAAACCUUCUCUCGACCUCCAAAAAUCCAUCAUCGAAACUGCUCACUCCCACGAUCUCCUCGUCGUGGCCCACGCAACCUGUCUCUCUGACACUCUCGAGAUCCUGUCCGCUGGUGCAGAUGGUUUGACGCAUACUUUCAUCGAUGCUCCUCCGACAGAAGAGCUCAUAGCAGCAUAUAAGAAGAACAACGCGCAUUGUAAUCCUACUCUGUCGGCAAUGGGCUCAGGUACCAAGGAGGGAAAGGAAACGCAAGAACGCUUCGCGCAUGAUGAGAGAGUACAACACCUUCUGGAUAAGACAGAAAGGGAACAAAUGUGUAAAUGUAUGGAGUUUGCGAGGAAAGCAGGCGCGACGUGCGAGAAUGCUUUUGAGUCGGUGAGGAGGUUGAAGGAGGCUGGGGUGUUGAUUUUGUGUGGCUCUGAUGCUGCGGGACCUGCAGUGGGUACCGCAUGGGGAUUGUCGAUGCAUCAGGAAUUAGACUUGUUUGUGAAGCAGUGUGGUAUCACGCCGGAAGAGGCUCUGAUCUCGGCGACCUCUGCUCCUGCGAAAAGGUUCAAAUUCUCAGAUCGUGGGAUGAUCAAGCCUGGUUUGCGAGCAGACCUGCUACUCGUGGAGGGCAAUCCCCUGGAAGACAUUACACACACGUUAGACCUGCGUGGAGUGUGGACAGAGGGAAAAUUAUGCAGUGCCUAUGAGGGCAAAUUGUAG